UGCUCCUUAUUUCUCCCCACAUCUCGCGGUAUUUGAGGUGGGUGUCUAUCUGCAAUGGCUAAGGAAAACGAAAAUGUCUACCGUAUUGUUGCUUUGCAUAACAGGACUAAUACGAAAGAUUUGCAUCCAGAAUAUGACUGUCUGCAAACAAGGAUUUUUAAGAUAAUUGUAAUCGGUGACUCCAACGUUGGGAAAACCUGCCUGAGUUACAGGUUUUGCGGUGGAAAAUUUCUGAAAAAUCCAGAGGCUACAAUCGGAGUGGAUUUUAGAGAAAGGACCGUAGAGAUAGAUGGAGAAAACAUCAAGUUACAAAUCUGGGAUACGGCGGGCCAGGAGAGAUUUCGUAAAAGCAUGGUGGAGCACUACUACAGGAACGUGCACGCCGUUAUCUUCGUGUACGACAUCACUAAGCUGUCGACGUUUGAGAACUUGCCAGACUGGAUCGAAGAGUGUGGCAGACACGCCGUCUCUCCCCUGGUGCCCCGAAUCUUGGUCGGUAAUAAGUGUGACCUGAGGGAUAGAUGUCAGGUCUCCACCUCUUUGGCUCAGAGGCUUGCUGACAGCUACAACUUUCCCCUCUUUGAGACUUCAGCAAGGGACCCCACAGAGAAGGAACACGUUGAUGCCAUCUUUAUGACCCUUGCCUACAAGCUGAAGAACCACAAACCCUUAAGACUGAAACAGCCUAGUGAGUGCAGUAUGGUGCACCUCUCGGAGGAACAAGAUGUGCAGAGCCCUUGUCUGUGCUGAGAGCUUCCGUGUUAAGAGAUCAUCCCACCCCAUGCUGGGAUCAAGCUGCUUAUUCCACUUUAUUAUUGUCCUGUCUGUGAGUGGGUAUACUUGAUCUUGGCCCAAGAUGAGGAUUGGAAAGAACGCUUUGUGCAUUGGUUGCUGUAGCAAAUACUUCCAGAUCCCUCUACUUGGACCUUUAGUUAUUUUUUACCCAAAUGUAGGCUGCAAUAAUUAAGCAUGAUAGAGACAUUGUGAGGUGCUGGUCUGGGAGAUGAUAUCCCCUCUUCUAUUUAAAAGAAGCCAACGUCUAAGACUAUUAAGUAAAAGGUUGCUAUACAUGUGCCAGGCAAGGACAUCUCUAGGUUGCAUUCAGUGGAUGUGCCUACUGCCAAAAUGUGAUGUAGCGAAUCCUAAUUAUGGCUCGUCUGUUAGAUGUGCAUCAUUACUCUACACCUACUGCUCGUCAUUUAGGGCUUCUUGCAAUGCUCGUCUGUCAGUAUUGCACUGGAUCGCUUUUGAGGUCUAAUGAUCAAAUUCUUACCUCUUCUUUGUGCUGGCAAACCUAGACAUCUGGCUUCAUUGAAGUCAAGUCCAGAGAAUACUGAACUGUAAAGUGGCUGGGUCCAAAAUUGAUCAAACCCUUUUUUUUUUAAUUGUCUGUUUAUAAAAAUGCACUUGAUUUUUUUUUUCUUCUGAUUGUAUUUUUAUUUUAGGUAACCAAGCUAAGUAGAUAUACAAAAUUGUGAGCGUGAAAAAUAAAUACUAAAGCUGACCUUGUAGCAAGACUUUGCUGGAGUGUAAAGACGCAUUGAGAUUAAUGCUGAACUAGAGGUCUUGUAGGGCAGUAUCAGAAUGUGUGAUUAUAGCUGAACCAGGAAGACAAGGAGCUGUUUGCGCUGGUUUGCCUUCUCCUAAUAUCCUGCUUUCUGAUAGUGCUUCACCGUUUAAAAAAAUCUCAAUGCAGAUUGUCGUGUACGGACAGACAUUUUCUUUGUAGUUGGAAGGAGUUAAAGAAAAACGCAGAACAGUGUAAAGUUGUUCAACACCAACACUGGUCUCAGUCUAGCACGAGACUGGAGUGUAACAUUUCAAAAUUACAUUUCACGACCUAAUUAUUUAGCUGCAGCUGAAAAAUAAUGAUUUUAUUAGAAAGUCAUCUGCAUGUGUAACUUUGUGUGUGCAGAAAAUAUUUUUAAACCAUCACUAGAUGUCCUGCGAUGCUUUUGUGGUUUUUGUUCCACAGGGCAAGCAAACACUGUUAACCUCUAUUAUCCUUAAGUAAAGCCAUAUGAAUUUGCACAGCUUUCAUGUUAAAAGAAAUGUCUAAACAGUAUUUAAAUAUGAUUGUGUUUUAAAGGGAUCAAAGGUUUGUCUACCAGGGAGGAAUUCAUGGGUGGUUUCUAAAGCCUUUGAAGUAUUGUCAACAGUUGCACGAGUACUUGACAAUGUAUGAAUGCAAAAUUUCCUUUUUUGUUGUACGAAGACUGUUACUUAAACAGAACUGUUAUUAGAAGCCUUUUGUGCAAUCCUCUUGCACAGGUGUCAUCUGCAUGCCAGUAUCUCAAGCAGGCAAUUAUGUUGGAGCACAGCAGAGGGGUGUGUGUGUAGGGGUAGCGUUGACAAGUGACAAGGUGGCUUUGGAGUACCUGUUGUGCAACACCUUGUACAACACGGCAAGUCUUAUGAUCAAAUUCACAGCGGUUCUGGCACAGUUGGUGCCAUCACAUGGGUGAUAGUAGCCAAAGUGAGGCUGGGGCCGGGUAGGUCUGAGUCAGCCUGCGAAUGUUAGCUCUCCUGGGGAACACCUGCUUCAGUGGCUUUGCCAAACUGCUUCAGCCCUGCACUGUUACCUGGGUAUCUGCAUGAGCUGCAUCAGUCCUGCAUGCACUGCUAGCUACUUUCAGGAGUGCAGGAGUUCUUUUAGGCAGCAGCUGUCUCACCCUGCAAUUCACAACUGACUACCCACUGAAGCUCAGCAGGUGUGAGCCUGGUCAGUACCUGGAUGGGAGACCUC